CCUCAGUCAGAUGUAAAGAUCCUCAGUUGGACAGCUGUAUUAUUAAUAAUGUCAUCUCAUAAUUUAUCUAGAGAAGCGCUUAUAGGCUCAGCGAUGCUGGGAUCGAUUUUUAUAGCGGGAUAUUAUGUGGGCAAACGCAAAUCUAAGUUCCUCAGAAUGUCGUCGGGCAAAAGCCACGUGGGAAGGAAAGAUGAUCCGGUGAUGCAGUACCUGCUGAACAAUUCCCUGCGGGAACAUCCGGCUCUCAAAAAACUCCGGCUGAGGACGAUGGAGCACAAGCUGAACGGGAUCAUGGUGGCCUGCGAACAGGCACAGUUCAUGGCCAAUCUAGCCCGCUUAAUCAAAGCGGAGAAAGCCAUUGAAAUCGGUGUGUACACGGGCUAUAACGCCAUGAGCAUCGCUCUCACUCUUCCUGAAGACGGGAAACUGAUCGCUUGUGACGUCAGCGAGGACUUCAUUAACAUCGGCAGACCCUUCUGGGAGCUGGCUGGUGUUGAGCAGAAAAUCGACGUGCGUCUGAAGCCAGCGCUGCAAACUCUCGAUGAGCUUCUGGCUGCAGGUCAAGCGGAGACGUUUGAUUUCGUCUUCAUUGACGCCGACAAAGUCAACUACGACAACUACUAUGAGAAAUCCCUGCAGCUGGUCAGGAAAGGAGGAAUAAUCGCUAUAGAUAAUGUCCUGUGGAGUGGUCGAGUGGUAAACCCAGAAGAGGGCGACGUCGACUCCAUCAGCAUCGAUAAGCUGAACAAGAAGCUCCACCGUGACGUGCGAGUCAACCUGAGCAUGCUCCCCGUGGGUGACGGCCUGACGCUAGCGUUCAAAAUCUAACAUGAACCAACAUUACACGCUAAAGAAACCAUUAAUCAAUCAUGUUGCUCGUUUGAGGAUAUGCACUGGGAUAAUUAAAGUUUCACCAUAUAAAUAUGAAGUUUUGUACUCGAAUGUUCAUAAUACUGAUUGUUACCGAGAAAAAAAAGUAAAUGUACAAUGUAUGUGUGGUAUUAAAUUUUUCAAUAAAAAAAAAAUUACGGCACUGGAA